UCCGUUUUAAUGGCAUGAUGUGGGUUGUGAAUCUCUCUGCUUGAAAAGGGUACAACCAAAAUGGCUUAAAAUCACUGCAUUCCCAAGUGAAAGUUAAAUGUCUGCCUGCUAAUCCUGUUUAUGGCUCAGUCCUUGUGCAUGUCAUAAUUUGAGUAAAGACCUACCUGUCCCACCUGUGUCCACAGGUAAAAAGAGGACAGACAGAUCAGGGAGAGGACCUAUAAUCCAACAGGCCUCUGGCAGCUUAAAGUUCCAGAGGGAUACCAAGUCCCCACUUAAAAGUGGACCAAACGGCAACGCAUAGUAAGAACGAGGGCUCAGCGUCCGCCGUGAUGACCAGGAAGAAGCCAGCCGCGGUGGACAGUGUUGCCAUCCCACCUGCCCCAGUGUUAUCUCUCCUUGCUGCUUCGGCAGCAACGUCGGAUGCAGGUGAGCACUGCAGAUGCUUUGGAUUCGCCCCAGGGAAAGUGGGCAUGGCGAAGCCCUCUGGGAAUGUGCUACUGAAUACAGGGCUGGAGAAUUGCCUCUGGAUAAAAGAAAAAUCCAGCUCCUCCCUAAAGAAGCGAUUUAAGCGGCGGGAGAUUGAAGCGAUCCAGUGCGAGGUGCGGAAGAUGUGCAACUACACCAAGAUUCUGUCCACCAAGAAGAACCUGGACCACGUGAACAAGAUCCUGAAGGCCAAGCGGCUGCAGAGACAAUCAAAGACGGGCAACAACUUCGUCAAGAAGAGGAGAGGGCGUCCCCGGAAGCAGCCCACGCAGUUCGAUGAGGACUCCAGAGACCAAAUGCCAGUGCUGGAAAAAUGCAUCGACCUUCCCAGCAAACGGGGUCAGAAGCCGAGCCUGAGCCCGCUCGUCUUGGAGCCGGCCGCCAGCCAAGACACCAUCAUGGCCACCAUCGAGGCCGUCAUCCACAUGGCCCGGGAGGCGCCGCCCCUGCCCCCGCCCCCGCCCCUUCUGCCCAAGACCCCCAGAGGAGGCGGGAAGAGGAAACACAAACCUCAGCCUCCGGCCCAGCCCCCGCAGCAGGCGCCCCCGCCACAGCCCCUUCCCCCGGAAGAGGAAGUGAAAGCCAAAAGGCAGAGGAAGUCGCGAGGGAGUGAGAGCGAUGUCCUUCCGAGCAGCGAGCCGAGUUUCUGCAGGCUUGUAAAUCCUGAGGGCCUCUUCCAGCUGCCGGUCGCCAUUCCAGGAAGUGGACACUGUGAAACCCCCAUCAAAAGAGAGCACUGUGUUUCUGUACUGCAGGCCAACUGUUCCCAGCGCAGGUAG